GCUCCCGGUUGAGGCGGCGGCGACGGAGCAGCACCGCGCACCCCGCACCGCGCCAUGGCCCUGCCGCCCCCCGCCCGCGGGCCCCGACACCGGCACGGACACCCCCGCAACGGGCCCGACCCUGUCGUGAGUUGCAGUCGCCUUCGACAGAUUCAGAGCAUCCUGAUGCAAAGCAGCAAAUCUCAACCUGAUGGAAUCCUCUGCAUUUUAGGAAUUGAUAGCCGAUACAAUGAAGGCUGCAGGGAGCUGGCAAACUAUCUUCUUUUUGGAUUGUAUAAUCAGAGUAAUAAUGACUUUGAAAGAACUGGGUUUCCUGAAGAAGUUCUUGAUGAUGUAAUCAUAUUAGUAAAGCCUGACAGUGUCCAUCUAUAUUGUAAUCCUGUGAACUACAGCUAUCUUUUGCCAUAUGUGGCGCACUGGAGAAAUUUGCAUUUUCACUGCUUGACUGAAAAUGAGUACGAAGACGAAGAAGCUGCAGAAGAAUUCAAAAUUGCCAGUUUUGUAGAUAUGGUUCGCGAUUGUAGUCGAAUUGGUAUUCCUUACAGCUCUCAAGGGCAUCUCCAGAUAUUCGAUAUGUUCAUUGUAGAAAAAUGGCCAAUAGUACAGGCUUUUGCACUGGAAGGAAUUGGUGGUGAUGGCUUCUUUACCAUGAAAUAUGAGUUAAUGGAUGUCAGUAUUGAUCUGUGGAAAACAUACAGCAAAAUGGAUCUUGUUUCCCUGGAGGACUUGAUUUUUGAGGAUUUAACAUCUUUUGAACACCAGUGGACCUGCUUUUUUGCUAGUUUUGAUACUGAAAUUCCUUUCAUCUUGGAACUCUCCGAAUCUCAGGCAGGAGAGCCAUUCAGGAGUUAUUUCAGUCACGGAAUGAUUUCGAGCCAUAUAACAGACAAUAGCCCUAGCAGACAACCUUUUGUGCUGUUUGGUAGCCACUCAACUAAAGAGAACCUAAACUCUGGGAACUUCAAUUUUCCAUCAGAGGGGCAUCUAGUUCGAAACACAGGCCUGGGUGGAAGCACUGCCAAGCACAUGGUAGUGCAGUGUGUGUCACCAAGGGGACCUCUGGCUUGUUCAAGGACCUAUUUUUUUGGAACCACUCAUGUUCCAUAUCUGGGGAAUGACAACGAGAUCCAUAAGAAAGCUGAGCAAGUUAUGCUCUUGUCCCAAAUAUAUGCUGCAGUGCUAAAAGCUGUACUUGCUAGCAUUGAAUGUUAUGCUAAAACGUCCAGUGAAAUCAAGGCAAGGGAAACAGCAGAAGAGAAUCUUCUCUCCAUGCUAGAUUCGUUUAAUUUAACACAAUUUAAAACUGCAUUAUGUUCCAAGAUAGCUUUUCAGAUUCAAGCCGUGAAUAAUCAUGGAAGAAUUAUUCCAUUGGACAAUGAGGAUAGCCUUUAUCUGGUUAAAACUGCGGCUAUGACCAUAUAUGACAUCCCAGAUUUGCUAGGCGGAAGGGGAUGCUUGGGAUCUGUAGCCUUUUCAGAAUCAUUUCUAACAACCCAAAUAUGUGUGAAAGAGAAAGAUGGCAGUAUUAAUACAGAAACGAACUACAUCAUUUUGACUGCAGCUAUCCCAAGAUAUGCUUCUUGGUUGGUUGAAGAUAGUGAUGUGAAACUGUCUGAAAGAGCACAGCAAAUUGUGAAGGAAGAUGAAUCCUUCUUGGGUACUCUUCUCACAGGAGGUGAUGGAGGAUAUAUUUAUUCCAGCAAUCCAGAGACCAUGCCUGAGGAAGGUAAAUUAUACUUCUUUUCAGACGGGAUUCUGUUUUCUCAUCCCCACCACGGCAGCAUUACCAUUUCAAAGAAUGACAUGAAUUCCAUUAAUUUCUAUGAUGGGGACUCUACCAGUGUUGUUGCUGCUCUUUUUAUAGACUUCAAAAGUUCCUUGCUGGCCCAUCUACCAGUUGAGUUCCAUACUCCAAGCAACUUUCUAAUGAUAGCACUUUUCCCCAAAACAAAGAUUUAUAAAGCUUUUUACUCACAGGUUUUCUCCUCCUGGCAACAAAGGACAAACUCAGGAUUAUCUUUAAGAGUUGUCCAGGAAGAAUUCUUAUCGGUGGAACAGAAGAGAUUAUAUUCCAAGAUGCAGAAGCUGUUUAAUGCAUUGUCCUAUCCUGCUGGGGAAAGAGGAAACCAGCUAAAAAUAUCUGCUAACCUCCCAGAGCUAGAGCGGUUUCUGCAACAUUUUGGAGUCAGCAGUGCAAGCUGUGAGCCAGUAAUGAGAGCGCACCUUCCUAUUUUAUUGCAAGAGUCGGAAAUCAUUCCUGUAAGCAAAGCAGAAAAUGAUAAGGUGAUUGUGACCAUCUUAACAGGCCUUCCAGGAUGUCGUUGCAGUGAUCUCUGUUCUUUUCUGGUUACUUUUAACAAGGAGUAUGGAAGGUGGAUCAUUUAUCGGCAAACUUUGGACAGCCCUGAGUGCUUCAGUGCAGCCCACUUCCAGCGUUACCUCUCCAGUGUCCUUGAGUCCCAGCAGAACCGCAGUGCCCGUCAGGCUGCUUAUGCUAGAAAGAAAAUGAGGCUGCUGGUGGUCUUACAAGGAUAUACAGAUGUGAUUGAUGUUGUACAGGCCCUGCAGACUCACCCUGAUCCUGAGGUGAAGUCCUCUUUCAUCAUUGGGACAAUUAAUACUUGCGUGGAACCUCUUAGCUGCUAUAUGGAGCAUAGAUUUCUUUUUCCUAAGUUCCUGGACCAGUGUUCACAAGGACUAGUGAGCAAUGUAGUCUUCACAAGUCACACUGCUGAACAGAGACACCCACUCCUUGUACAACUGCAGAGCCUUAUCCGAGCUGCAAACCCCAUGGUUUCAUUUAUCCUGGCAGAAAAUGGAGUUGUAACAAGGAAUGAGGACAUUAAGCUAAUUCUCUCAGAAAGCAGUUUUUCUAAUCCUCAGAUGAUGAGAGCUCGGUAUCUAAUGUAUCCUGGCUGGUAUGAAGGGAAAUUUGGAUCUGGGUCUGUGUUCCCACCAAUGGUUCAAAUCUGUGUGUGGUUUAGCCGUCCUCUGGAAAAAACACGCUUUGUAACGAAAUGUAAAGCGAUCAAGUCUUCACUUAAGCCAAGCCCUUUCUCUGGGAACAUAUACCACAUUUUGGGCAAAGUUAAAUUUUCAGAUUCCGAUAAACUGAUUGAAGUCUGUCACAACACAUCAUCUAACUCACUAAGCCUUGUACCUGUUCAGGAGGGGCCAACCCCUCCUGAUUCAAGAAAUGAUAACAGAGAUUGCAGCGGCCAGCAGGAAUGCUUCCUUGUGUUCGUCGGCUGCUCUCUCAAGGAAGAGGAUAUGAAAGACUGGCUCAGAGAAACUGCAAAGCAGAAACCUCAGAGGAAAGCCCUGAAAACCAGAGGAAUGCUGACUUUGCAGGAGAUAAAAAACAUUCAUGUGAAACGCCAUCUGGAUCCGCUUCCAGCUGGUUACUUUUACAACGGAACGCAGUUUGUGAAUUUCUUUGGGGACAAGAUGGAUUACCAUCCUCUGAUGGACCAGUUCAUGAAUGACUACUUGGAAGAAGCAAACCGAGAAAUAGAGAAGUACAACAGAGAGCUGGAAGAGCAGGAAUAUGACGACCUCUUUGAGAUGAAGAUCUAAAUAUGCGAGUUUAAAUUUCUGAACUACCAAGUGACUGUCAGUAACCAAAAAAUGCUGUUGUCCUUCCUGGUUAACAAGAAAAUCAAAAGUGAAGUGUCAGUUUUCAACCAUCCUUCGAAAUAGAACAGUUUGUUCCUGUAAGGUUGGCAUUUUUAAUCUGGUAACUGCUAAGUUGUUUGUACUGUCUGGUUCGUUUCCACUUCACCUGUGUGCCAGAUCAUAAAAAGUAUCACCUGGAAUCUCUCCAGCUAGUUGUGCAAAAAUACUAUGUACUUAAGAAAAAGUGAAUUUCCCAAGAGUCUGAAGCCUGAUCAUGAAACUGGUCUGCUGCAUUGAUAAUCAAACCCAUAGCUUGGUUCUUUAAAUGUCGUAUACAGUGUUUAGCACAGAUUUUGCAAACAUGCUGACAAAUGCAAAAAGGGCCGACAUGGAUGUGCACUUGAAGCAUGUCAGCGUGUGGGAUUGGGAGGUGUUCCUAAAGCGAGAAAUGGGGGAACACUGGAAAGGCUCUGAAGAGAGCUCCCGAUCCUACCGCUGUCUUUGGCUGUCCUGUGAAAUCCCUGCAACACCUGAAUGUGCAGAUAGUGAUUUGAUCUUCUAUAAUGAGAUGUCAGUACAUUUCAGUGAAAAAAAGAUCAGUGGAGAUGCUUUGCUUUCUCCCCUGCCACUAUCGUGAGGUGUUGUGUAAAAUGCAUUACAGGCAAGAUGCUGUAAUCUGUGACCUGCCAUUGCUAAAGGGUUUUCUUGUACACUUUACUCUAGCAGCAACCGCCAAGCAGAACAUGCCAGGGGAUGAGCCAGGUAUCUUUUAGCUGAAGAGAGGGAGGAAUGACAGCAGAGGAAUAAUUAUUUCCAAAGGUGAAACAGUAGCAAAAGAUGGGAAAUAAUUCCAUUUCAGGCUUGGAAGCACCUUUUAUAUGUGAAGCUUUUAAAAAAGCCUGGUGCUGUAGCCUUCCACAGAAUUGAAACACACAGGGUAUAUAUAUAUAUUUUUUUUUCCUUUGCAAGAGUCCCUGCUGGUUUAUUUUUCCCUCAAAUUGAUAUUACAGUGGAGAUGAUUGGCACCUUGUCUUCUAAAUUAAAUCCUGUUUGGAGCAUGACUAUGUAGAAUGCCAGCUAAAGGACUGUGAGAUGGCAUCCCCUAGAAGCUAUUUAGGUAGGAUUAUUGAAGUUGAUUUCCUUGGAAACCAGAUUGCUGUAGCUCAUUACGUAUUUGGAAGCAAGCUAAGUAGAAACCAGCCAGCCAAGAAAAUGUUGACUUGUGUAUGCCUUUGCUCAGGAACAGAUAACAAUCUGCUUUUCAUGCAGCUAGAACCUGUCUGUUGGCCAGAUGUACACGAUGAAAUAAGAAGUCCUUAUUGACAUUUAUCUGAAGACACUUAUGGUGCCUUUGGUUAAAAGGGACCAGAUUUCACUCCGUACCCUAGUCUAAGGCUACAGAAAAAUUAAAGCCUUAGGAAAUGAAUUCUUUACAUUUGGAGUAUUAAAUGUCAGUCGGGCCACAAAAAUCAAAAGCUCUUUGUAGAUGAAAUUUUAGUAUGCAUCACUACCAAGUCACUUGGGCCUUUGGAUUCCAGGUGAUGCAGCUUAGCAUUUAAAUGUUGUGAGGCUGCUUCUUAGAUAGCUUUCAUUCCAGAUCCGAAAAGGCUUUCCGAAUUUAGGAGUUAUUUUGCGUGACCCAAGACUUUGUAAAGAAAACCGUAUGUGUCCCAUUAAAGUGCAGUACAAGCCAGCAAUUAGUUCCAAGUUCUUUAAGGCUUUCUAAGGCAACCCAUAGUACAGGUAGAGCAUCAUAAUAAGGCUCAUUUAAGUAAUCUAUGCAUGGCUACACUUCAGUCUUUUAAUAUACUGUAGUGCCUGGUAGGGUAAAUGUAAGUAGCAGUUUAUUUCAGGGGAGUUAUCAGUGUUUAGAAACUAAGUAAAAUUGGCUGCAUAAAACUGGGUAUUAAGCCAGAGGCGUGAAAAUUCACAACUCUGGAGGUAACAUUGCAAUAAAAGGGGCAUUAGGGGACUAGAAAAAUGUGUACUCCUUUGCCAGUGUAACUUAGCAGAAACACUGUUGGCUCCUUCUAGACCUAAAUUGUCUAAUGAUCUGUAAAAGCCAUAUAUCUAGAAUUAGUUGUAUGACUAUGUAAUGUCAGGCAAAGUAACCGAAGUUGAGACAACAGGCACUUUGUCAACAUUUUGUCUCAACUUGGAAGCCGAUAACAGUGUAGAUUUUUAAGUGCAAUUGAUUAAAUAAUAGACGAAGUUACUGUAGGGUAUUUUGCUCCGCUGAACUCUUUUUAAGAACGCCAAUUUGUGCAGCUCUUGAAAAUUUGAAUGUGGACGGGCUCCUUCAUCUCGUGUUACUUUAAAACGUGCUAUAUACCAAGGGAUGCCCUGCGAACAAAAAGGAGCUCAUAAAAGUGCUCCAAUUUAAUUUCUUGCUGCACAGAUCGAGCAGUUUUUAAAGCCUGUAUCAGGAGAGAUCACCACAAGAAAGGCAUAGUAUACAUAUUAUAUGCUGUACUGCAUGCUGAGUGGUAACAAUAACUGUGUAAUAUGAUGAAGACCUUUCACCAUACUGGUACUAUUUCAAUUAAUAUAUUUUGGUAUUGAAAUAAUUUGAUUACCUCAGCUUUUUCAUGUUUGACUGUGAUUUUUGAAAAAAAAAAAAAAAAAUACCGAAAUAGAGAAACUGUGACAGUGGUAUCCUUUAAACAUAGCAGUGCCUUGCACGUGACGUCACUGAUGCACUAAGCAUGUUACAAAAGUCGACGUCACGGGUUGUAUUGCUUGCACCCUUUUUUUUAAAGGAGAAACGGUUUUGGUGAAAGGACUUAAAGUUAACCUAGUGGAAAAUAUUAGCACACGUGGUUCAAUUUUUUUAGGGGAGGGGGAAAAACUCUUUGAGGACUAAAAUGUCUAAAUAUUCGAUGCUGCUGAUUAUUUUAAUAACAGUUGCUGAAGCAUUUUGGAGUUGCUUCUGACAGUCAGCAGCACCUUUUUUAGGGGAAGAACAUAACUUUUGUAUUCAUGUCAGAGAUGUAAAUACCAUACUGAACCCCAGCUAUAGGGUAAUCUGGUUUUUAUUGCUCUCGAAGUUGAGAGAGGAAUUGGGUUACUUAAAGUAUCUAGUUUUUUGAAAUUUUUUACUACUGUAAAACUGAAAAAAAGCACCAUCUCUAUGUAGGCUGCAAACCUUCAGAUACAUUAAGAAGUGCCAUUACACUGUUCCUUAUUAUUUGUACUGUAUACUGAAAAUUGAAAACAGUAAGGUUUUUGUCUGGGCAUUUCUGGCAUUGUGAUGAAGUGCUAAGAGUCCUCAAGGAGUUUACAUGCUUCGCUGACCUUUUAAUGUUAGCAGCUUGUGGGGUUGUUUUUUUUUUUUCCUUACUGAGAAUGAGUGUGAUCAGAAGUUACUGAAGUUAUAGGGGAGGAAAUGUGAAAAACUUACAGAAGGAGCGCUUGCAACUUGAAUUGAACUGCGACCUAGGAAUAUUUCUUUGUAAAACGGUGGAAUUUGUUGCUAUUCCCAGUUUUACACCUUGUCUUUAGCUACAGAGGUUGCGGGGAGAAUUGAAGUUGCUAUUAAAAGUUCCUUAAUAAGUUUUUUUUUUUAUGGAGAAUUUUUUUUUUUCUGAAUUUGCACAGAUAUAAGCUCUGGAAUACCUUGUUGGUGUUCUUAAAAGGGAAAAUUGUAACUAGUAGAGUAAAUCAUAAACUGUGAUUUGUUAGAACUGCAAUGUUUAAUCUAAUUUUAGAUUGUUAAAAAACGUACCUCAAAAGGCUAGUGAGAAAUUGCUUCGUUUUUACACAAUUGUCAAAUAUAACACAUCUCACUUUACAGUGUGCCAAAAUUCACUUUUUAUACUAGUUGUCAAUGCUUUAAUAUUUGCAACUUAAGUUGAAAACGUUGUAUUUACAAACACUACUGUAACUUCAGUUAAACUGAAUUGUGUGAUUGAAGCUUUUUUGCUUAUUAUUGUAUUUAUUACACAACUUGAUUCAGUAAAUAUAAAAUCUACCUUUCCAUUUAUUUUUGUAUUGUUUUACAUGUUUAUACUUGCAGUCUGUGAUUUUUUUUUUUGUUCUUAUACCUGUAAUUCAGAUGUGAUGCUGACAACCAAUAAACAAUAUCCAUCUGUUGCAUUUAA